AUGGCUUCCCACGACUACUACCACGGCCAACAACAGGCCCCCUAUACCAGCACCCAGUCUCCCUCGCCCUACCACCAAUCUAACAACACGCCAUCACCCUCAUCAACACCAGCUCCUCCCUACCAGGCCACGUACUCCGCGCCUUCGUAUCCUCCCCAAGGCCUUCACGAUACUGCGCAUAGCAGCCCCGUGAAUCAGCAGCCUGGCAACGGCCGCCCCGACCAGUCUCCCUUCGACUCCGUCUUCGACGACAACGCAUAUCCCAUGAACAAUCAGAGGCCGUCACCCCCCGUCCACUCCCAUUCGGGUGACCUCUCUCAACAGCAGGGAUACUACCACCAAGACACCAGCUACUAUGGCGGCGCGGGCCAUGACCGACCCCUGCACAGCCAGGAGGAUAUUCCUCUACAAGACCGUCCGAUCAAGGACACCGAGAUGAACGACCACAUCUACGACGCGCCCGGGGGGCGUUCGGGACGCAGCAAAAAAGAUAAGAUGAAGGGCAAAUUCGGACUCGGCGAGCUGGGCAUGAUGGGCGCCGACAAGAAGCGUAUCCCUUGGGUUGUCUACAUUUUCACCCUCGCUCAGGUUGGCGUGUUUAUCGGCGAAAUCGCCAGGAAUGCUGUUUUGACUGGUUCACCCAUUAUGAUCAAGCCCUCGUUUAACCCCAUGAUCGGGCCUUCGACCCAGGUCCUCAUCAACAUGGGUGCCCGUUACGCGCCUUGCAUGCACAACGUCAAAGGAAUCCAGGACUCAAAGGUCGAACUUCUCUUCCUCUGCCCCAAUGCCACCAGCAACGACGAUACAUGCGACCUCCAGACUCUCUGCGGCUUUAGCAAAAGCGUUCCCAAUCCCGAAUGGAACAACAUCAACCAGAGCCCCGAGCCUAACCAGUGGUACCGCUUCAUCAUCCCCAUCUUUAUGCACGCCGGCCUUAUCCACAUCGGUUUCAACAUGCUCCUGCAAAUGACCAUUGGAAAGGAAAUGGAGAUGGCUAUUGGAUCCAUUCGUUUCCUCCUGGUCUACAUGAGCGCUGGUAUCUUCGGCUUUGUUAUGGGAGGUAAUUUCGCUGCUCCCCUGAUUGCUUCGACUGGUGCCUCUGGUGCAUUGUUUGGAAUUAUUGCGCUUACCCUUCUCGAUCUGUUUUAUUCGUGGAAGGAGCGGAAGAGUCCGAUCAAGGACCUCAUGUUUAUCCUUGUUGAUAUGAUCAUUGCCUUUGUCUUGGGACUCUUGCCUGGUUUGGACAACUUCUCUCACAUUGGUGGUUUCUUGAUGGGUAUCGCUCUUGGUGUAUGUGUUCUCCACUCCCCCAACGCUCUCCGAAGAAAGUUGGGCGAGGAUCUUUCUUACACUGCGGUUUCGCCCGGCACCACCGAGACGCCUCCCCCCUUCUUCAAGAACCCAGUCGGUUUCUUCAAGGGCCGAAAGCCCCUCUGGUGGGCGUGGUGGCUUGUCCGAGCUGGUAUGCUCGUCAUGAUCAUCGUCGUCUUCAUCGUUCUUAUCAACAACUUCUACAAGUACACCAGUACCACCUGUUCAUGGUGCAAGUACCUCAGUUGUCUUCCUGUCAAUGGUUGGUGCGAAGUUGGAACGCUGAAGAGCUCUUGA